GAGUCGGAGCGCCCGGCCCGGCGUGGCGAGCCUGGGACACUCCUGCGGGGUGGGGCUCCUGACGCCAGCGGAAGCUCGGCACUAGGGGCUGGGCUAACCCAGGCCCAUGGGCGUCCCCGCGUGAGUCCUCGGAGAGCAGGGCAGCGGCUUGUGUCCUGCCCGCCGAGCCCGGGCAACCCCGAGCCGGCCGCUGUCGCAUGGGGCUGCUCGGCUGAGCGCGGCUGGAGCGAAGUGGGGCGGCGCCUUGCUCGCUGGCGCGGGGACUGGGAGCUGCUGGGAGUCCUGCCGCCCGGAGUAGCGAUGUCUGCGCCUUGCUGCGCGGGCCAGUUGGCCUGUUGCUGUGGUACAGCUGCUUGCUCCUUGUGCUGCAAAUGUUGCCCGAAGAUAAAGCAAUCAACAAGUACCCGCUUCAUGUACGCACUUUACUUCAUACUGGUCACGCUCAUCUGUUGUAUCAUGAUGUCAAGAACAGUAGCUACUGAAAUGAAAGAGCAGAUUCCUUUUUAUGAGCACAUCUGCAAAGGUAUUCAGGCAGGUGAAACAUGUCAGAAGCUAGUGGGAUACUCUGCAGUUUACAGGGUCUGUUUUGGAAUGGCAUCUUUCUUCUUUAUCUUCUUCUUACUCACCAUCAAAAUUAACAACAGCAAAAGCUGCAGAGCAUAUAUUCACAAUGGGUUCUGGUUCAUUAAGUUUUUCGUUUUGGCAGCCAUGUGCUCAGGAGCGUUCUUCAUUCCAGAUCAAGACACCUUCCUCAAUGCAUGGCGCUAUGUAGGUGCAGCAGGAGGAUUCCUUUUUAUAGCCAUUCAGCUUAUCUUGCUUGUGGAAUUUGCACACAAAUGGAACAAAAACUGGACGGCCGGGACAGCACAUAAUAAACUGUGGUAUGGGUUACUAGCUCUGGGCACUCUCAUCUUGUACUCCGUUGCUGUGGGAGCCUUGAUUUUGAUGGCGGUCUUUUACACACGCGCUGAUGGUUGCACUUGCAAUAAGAUUCUUCUUGGUGUAAAUGGUGGCCUGUGCCUCCUUAUUACAUUGGUAGCCGUCUCACCCAGUGUCCAAAAUCGCCAGCCACACUCAGGUUUGUUGCAGUCAGGAGUUAUCAGCUGCUAUGUUAUGUAUCUCACUUUCUCAUCUCUGUCAAGCAAGCCACCAGAAACUAUCCUGGAUGAGAACCAUAAGAACAUUACAAUCUGUGCUCCUGACUUGAGCCAGGGCUGGCACACAGAUGAGAAUCUGGUGACUGGAUUGGGCACUACCCUUCUGUUUUGUUGCAUUUUAUAUUCUUGUUUGACCUCAACAACACGUGCAGGCUCCGAAGCGCUGAGAGGAAUAUAUGCAACGCCUGAAACGGAAGUAGCUCGUUGCUGCUUUUGCUGUGCACCAGAUGGAGAUGCUGACUCUGAAGAGUAUGUUGAAAGAAGGGGAGGUCAGACUGUAAUUUAUGAUGAAAAUAGAGGCACAGUGUACAGUUAUGCCUUCUUCCACUUCAUUUUCUUCUUGGCUUCCCUCUACGUGAUGAUGACAGUAACUCACUGGUUCCAUUAUGAAGGUGCUGAGAUUGAAAAAUUCUUCACUGGAACCUGGUCCACCUUUUGGAUUAAGAUGGUGUCAUGUUGGGUGUGUGUCGCCCUCUACUUAUGGACCCUUGUAGCACCUCUCUGCUGUCCAACCAGACAGUUCUCAGUGUGAAAUUCACAAGUGCUAUUGUUACAAAUACAAUACAUCAGUUCCUUUGAUGGAGAAAUACAUCUAUUAAUCAGGUGUCUUAAGAUCCUGGUUAUUUACUUUUUGUCAAAUGAAACUCUGGAUCAGAAGACUUCUUCUUUUUAACCCUUUUUUUAAACUGUCUAAACACAAAUGGAGCUCAAGGAACACAGUAUCUGUUCAAGAACAGAGUUGAAACACUGAUGAGGGAGGGUGGGGAAAAUAUAGGUAAUGUUACAUAAACUGGAACAAAUAAAACAGUUGUAGAAUAAUUGACAAUCUGAUCUUAUUGGCAAGAAAAGCAAACUUAGUGCGAAGUGUGCAUUUCCCUCCUAUAGAAUGGCAGAUACUUUGUAACAAAAAGAAACAUAUUUGUUUUUGUACUUCCCAUAUUACUGAUGCUGUUUACAGUGAUUAUAAUGAUUUAAAUUCAAACUAUCCUCUUAUACUGUACACAAGUCUUGAUACCUGUCUUCAGAUAACUUUCUCCACAGAGGCACCUAAAAUACUACUUGACUAGUUGAAAACUAGUAAGAUUUUGACUGGGAAGGGAGUUGGGCAAUGUAUCUGCUGAGACGUUUCUAAAUAUAUUAAAUGACUCAAUAUAUUAAGUUAUUGCAAAUAUUGAAUGAUAGAGAAACAUACCAAUGGCAAUAGUAAUAUUUAUUAUGUAAACUGAAAGGCACCUUUUAAGUACAAUUGAAGCGGUAGGUGACAUCUGUCUGAAAUAUUCAGAGAUGCUAGAUAUUGUAAAAGGAAAUGCUGUUAAUAUAUAUACUGCUCUCUUCUACCGAAGCUAAAGAGUUGUGUAAUUAAAACAGACCCAAUUAUCAGCAAAAUGUGAAGGUUGCACAUGUAAUUUAAAUUAUCUUAAUGGAAUUCUGAGGGAUUUGUGUGUCAAGUGGUAACUGAGCGCAAACUCCCCAGUCUGCAUAGGCAUAUUAUGCAUGGUACAUUUUUUUUUUAAUUAAAGAAAAAUCACAGCGUGCCACAUUUAAAAAAAAUAAAAAAAUGAAAUGCUAAGCAAAUGUUGGGGAACAUUACUCAACAUCUGUAACUUUAAAAAUAAGAGAGCUGAGCAUUUUUUUACCUCUUUUAUACCCGCAUUUAGAGGUUUCCCUCUGAUUUUAAACUCCAGUUUUCACUACUUAUUUCUUAAUGCUUUAAAGUUUAGUUAUGAUGACCAGGAAAAGAACAAUGUAAAAUGACAUCCCCGUAUUCCAUUGGUCUACUUAUAGAUAUUCAUAAUUGUGCACUUUUUGAAGGGGGGGGCGGGGAGGGUGGAAGGAAAUAUUUCUUUACUAGCUGUACUGGCAAAUCAGUGCUAUGAGAAUGUGAGCUAGAUUCUGUCCUGAUGACACCUCGUUAACAGAUUAUCCAGGUAAAUUCCAUGUAGAAAUGCUUCCCAUCAAGUUUAAAUGAUUUUUAAUGUGAAUAGAACAAAUUUGAUCAAGAGAUUACUGAGCCAAUAAACAUGGACUUCACAUUACCAUUUUUAGUUAGUUUCCGGGUUAGAACUACAUUUUACAUAUGUUAUCCCGUAUAUAAAUAAAAAGAAACCAAUAUGAAUCCUUCUGAAUGCCAGUAGGUUUAACACUAACCUAUUCCUACCAUUUUGUCAAGAAAAGAGGGAAAGAAAGGAAAUUAUCCAUUUUGAUAUGACUCUGCAAAAAGUUAGUGAGCUUUACAUUUGUGCUGGCCAGAAGCUGGGAAUGGGGGAUGGGUCACUUGAUGACUACCUGUUCCGUUCAUUCCCUCUGAAGUAUCUGGCAUUGACCACUGUUGGUAGACAGGAUACUGGGCUAGAUGGACCUUUGGUCUGACCCAGUAUGGCUGUUUUUAUGUUCACUGUCCUUUUACUUGGAUUCUUUCUUUAGGAAUAGAAUACUUAUAACUUAGGGAUUUUUUUCUUUUAGCAAUUAUGUGAUUCUGAUGUAAGUUAGAUGUUCUAUCAAUCAUGCCUAGAUCGUUCUGUAUUGCAAUAGUUAUGGUAGUUCUUUACUUCCAUAUUACUGAUAACUUGGCACUAUAGUUUGUUCUGUUAAUGCUGUUUCCAAGAUUUGUUCUGUUAAUGCUGUUUCUAGUACUUAAUAUGCGUAUCAAUGGCAUCUGUGCACUGAGGAUUGAGGUGGAAAAUUCUGGUUCCUGGCUUUAGCAGACGUUAGAGGCAGUAUUUUAAUAUCCAGGGUAUAGAUACACUACUUUUGUCAACUUACUGUUUGACUUUCCUUCUCUCCCAGAUCCCUUCCCUAAACAACCGUUAUAAAAACGAGAAAUGCCAUCCAGUGCUAGCCUUCCAGUACUGUAUUUAACAACUCAGUAAAACAGUUUGCUUAAUGCUAAGAACCAUCAUUUAAAUGAAGAACAGAAAUAAUCCUUUCCCCUGUGCUUGGCCCUUAAAGCCAAUUCAAGUAAAAGGUGUCUGGGCUUUCUACUCAGAGAGGCAGAAAGUAACUCAUUUUGGGGUUUCAGUGGCUCUGAAUAUGACUCUGCAGUGGUUGAAUUACUCCUACUCCCUGCACAUUCCUCUUCCCCAAGCACACUGUGCAGCUCCUGUAACCUUACAUUACUAAUCCCACUGUCCUCAGGGGCUUAAUGUCAGAAUCCCCUCUAUGGUGAAAACUGAUAUGUGGAUUUCUUUGGUAUGGUUGUGAAUUUUUCUCCAUUCACCGCCUGUCUUUACCCCUCCCCCACAAACACAACCUCAGCUUAAGUAAGUUUUGCUGUUACGUUACAAUGGUGGCCAAAUAGUUUCCUGGGGUUUGAUAAUGUUUCCACUAUGAGGUUCCGAUUCUGCGAAGUCCCAUUAAUGCCUCAUUGAAAUUUGGAAUAAAAUGAGAGUGAGCGCCAUGAGAUAAUACAGAGAAUUAUUUUUUCAAAAGAGAAGAAAUUAUUGCUAGUGUUAACCAGACAAGAGAGUCAACUGAAAAAUCCAAUUCAUGAUUCUGAUCCAGAUACAGUUUUUUUAUAAUUAGAGUUUUUUUCAAACGGGUUUGAUUUGGUUUUAGUACUCUGAACUGCAAUUGAAGUACUAUCCAGAAAAUCUGAAUUAAAUUCCCCAAUGUCCAGAUAUCUGUAAGUAUAGUAUUGAGUACCAUAGACAUCGAUGGUAUGAAAAACAAAUAAGUUUUGCAAUAUGGAACAAUAUGGGAUCUUAGCACCAUAACAGAGAGCCCUCCAAUAUACAGAACUAUACAGUUAAGAAUAUUUAACCAUUUUUUGGAUUGGGUGGCCUAUACUCUUAAUCUUAGACUAUAUUAUGAUUUAACUCCUUCACGUUUUUUUAAAACAUAUUGGCCAGGGCAUCCACAUUCUUCAAAAAAUAGAGACUUUCUGCAUAGGCAGUAUCUUGGUAUUAAAAAAAAUCCUUAUUAUGUAUGCACUGCAUACUCACUGUAAUUCAGUUUACUUAAGGCAAUAGCUAUUUUGCACAGAGGAAAUGAUGGCCCCAUAAGGAAAGAAGACUCACUUAUGAGGCACCUUAAAAAAUAGUUUAGUAACACUUUAUAGACUAAAACAUGUAGAUGGUAUCAUGAGCUUUCAUGGGCACAACCCACUUCUUCAGAUGACCAUCAUUCACACACCCCAGAACUUGUUUCCCUGAGCCCACCCCACAGACACACCUCACACAGUGCAUGUGGGUAGUGUUUGCAGAAUGUGGGUAGGAUGCAGCAGGGGCAUGACUCUACACUGCUUUAUCCCACUGCAAACUGUUGUGUGAGCCAUGCUACCAGAGGGUGAAAACCCAGAGAGAGGUUUGUAGUACCUGUCCCUUCACGCAGAUGUCCAAAAUCCAUGUGGAUCACUGGACAUCAGUGCAGAUGGAAAGCCAUGCCUUGUUCCCAUUGCUGGAGAAGAUGGCAUCACCUUCAGACACCUUGAGUUUAGGCCCACGGAGUUUCCUCAGCAAUGAAUUCCCUUCUGCAUGGCAGGGGAAUAUUGGGGACUUUAAUGUAAUUUAAAACCAAAUUCUACUGUGAACUUCCUAUUGACAGCUACUUGUAUGGUUCCUAGAGUGGGAUGUUAAGGUCUGCCACAAUUCAGGAUAUCCAGCUCAUUGGUCAGUAUCUGCUCAGAUGAACAUGCAUUUUGAAAAGUGCCCAUUAUGCUACCUCUGCCAUAAAUGAUAAUUUAGUUGAGACUAAAACUGGAAGAACUGAACUGAGCCUUUGAUUCAAUGGUGCUGCCUCAUACACUAGCUCUGACACCUCCACUACACUAACUUUUACUGUGCAUAGGAAAAUCUUUUUUUUUUUUCUUCCUAUACUUGGCAAACGUCUGUGGUAGGGCUCUGAUGCAGAUGACUGCUGUGCAGUGAUCAGGAAUAGGAAAGACUUACAAGGAUGGAAUGAGAAGCCUCUUGUGUCUAAUGCUUCAGUGUUAAAUAAAAUGUUUAGCGUGUAUUAGAACAAUAGCCAAAUAAGUAGGAGCAAAACUUUUUCUCCACAUACAUUUAUUUUGUAAGCUAGAGAACCAUACCCACUUGAUUUUGCUUGACAUCCAUGUUGAAUUUUGCCCAGGCACGUGCCUUGUAUAUAUCUUGGGGGAGGGUGUCUUAUUUUGGAACUUAAAAUGGGUUGUGUUAGUCUGCUGUCUAAACUUUGCAUGAACCUUGAAAGCUACACAUUUUUUUCACAAGGAGGAGUUUCUCCACCUCUGUGGGAAGGAGGAACAUGCUACUGUUAAUAGUCAAAAUACGUUGUUCUUUUGUUUCUCCUUCCAAAAGUCCAUUCCAGUGUAAUUUGUAUUUAAAUGAAAGGCUGGUUCAAUUCUUUUUUCAGGAAAGCCUCUUCUAUUGGAGACCUGGGUGGUACGACAUGGAAGGUUGCUUUGCAGUAAACUUGUGGUGUUUUGUGGUUGUUUCCCUGCUACUUCAAAUACUCAGUUGGUUCUGAAUAUUUUUCUUCCUUCCUUCUACCUUCUACUUCAGCCUGGAGCAAAUAUCCAUUUAUUUGUGGUAGCGAUUGCAAUUAAAGCAUUUUUGGGAGCUGCGAUUCAUUCCAGUUAGAAGUCAAGUUGACUUUGGAGGGAGUAAGCCUUUAAACCCAAAUAGCUGGAUUAGCAGGGGAGGCCAAAAACCCUCAUGAGGACCGUGUGAAAGGCAAAUGGACUUGUCUGUGCUCCACCUUCCCUACAGUGUGGUAGUUCUUCAAUGUAUUCAGGCUCCAUGAGCAGGCAGAUGCUGGGAAAGGGGAACUCCUCUCUGGUUCUGGUGCAAAUUGUUCUCAUGUUUGAAAGGACCACGUUUUAUGCUUACCUUUAAAUGAAACUUAGUAAGAGUUCAAACUUUGGAUUCCCUUUUUAAAAAUAUUAAGUCAAAUACUUACCUAUUUAAAUCUGUUACAGCUUUUCUGGGGUAGCCUGGGUUUUCAAAUAUUCCCUUUAGAGCUGCUCCAAUGUGUCUCACUAAGAGAGACUGAGGACUGCAGUUUUGAUAGAUGUAAGACUUUUCUGAAACAAGUGUUGCUAACAGAAGUGGGUCUGAAGGCUUUUCCUCACAGAACCACAAACACUACAUGACAUUUAUUUUCCUAUAGAUCUUGUUACACGCCUCAAGUGUUUUAUGAAAUUAUGAGCUAUGAUUGCAGAGGUAUCACUUGGCGAGUUGCCACAGCUCCUCAGGGAUCUAAAACAGAGGAGAGUGAUUAAUGUGAGUCACUCUGUUUGCAAACACCUCUGUAGAGAUAUCAACCCCUGGGAUUGUUUGAAUGCCAUGGUUCAAACGAAGUUUCCAGAGACCUAUGGACAAAGGGCUUUUGGCAUAAAAAGUCUGAGUUUUUAAAUUGAGACUGGGCCUUCUUUAUAAUUCAGCAAACAAGUCAGGACCUUUUGUCUAGCCCUUGCAUAAAGGUUGGAGAAAUCUUGGCUUAGGCGGACCCCAUGUUACUGGUGACCUCGAAAGCUUUAAAGUAUGUGUAUUGUAUUUGUUUUCUCUGUAAUGCUUUUACUCUAAUGUGCUUUGCUUUGUGAGGCAUGGUUAGUAACGGGGAUACACUGUUGUAGCCUUUAUAGAAAGAUUAACUGGUCAGACCUACUGGGGGAAAUCAGAGUGAGGUGUAGGGGGAAGGACUACAGACCUAAGCCCCCAGUCUGGCUGGAAAGAGAGACAAUUGUCCCUGACAGGUGAUAGAUGGAAUUCUGAAACUUUAAGCCGGUGCCCUUGAGGAAGACUGGGAUUGGGAACAAGCAGUUAACCCUGAAACCAUGAUAGAUUGCGCCAAUCAAGAAAGCGUUAGCACCCUCAUGCAGAAGUUUAAUUUCUGGCAGUACUUUAUUUGCAAUCAGAAUGUAACUACCCUGCAUCUAGGACACCAGGCUAAUCAACACGUUUUAAAAACUGAGCUGGAAUCUUUAAUUGGAGCAGUAACACAACAAUCCACUGACUUUGCUAGUUAUUUCUAACACUUGAACAGAAGACUGUAAAAUUACAGUGGCCUCAUUUUAGUUUUAAUUUUUUGGCAACCAGAAAUAUUUGCAUGUCUCUUCCUCAGUCUGUGGGUCCUUGUUUUCUUAGACUUCUCUCUCCUUGAUAUCUUAAGAAAAUAUAAGCAACUGAAAACUGGCCAAAUUCCUACUCCUAAUUUCUAAAAUUGAGAAGUGUUUUCAAUGAUAGAAAGGAACAAAAAAUACCAGGUGAUUUCUCCCCCCCCCCUCCCCCCCGGAGUUGAGGGAGAAAAUGGGGAUCAGUUCUAUACUCAAAACUGACCCAUAUACUUUGUGCCUCCAUGUCUCCAUGGUAAAAUUGCAUCUCUUUCUGUAAAGCAGUACCCUGCCUUUGCUGUCCAUAAUUUCUUGAAGGAGAAACAUGCAUCAUGAAUGAAGGUUAAUUUUAUUCUGUUAAUAUUCUGUUUUCUAAAGUAUUGUGUACUGUAAACUUUGUCUUUGCAUGGGUGCUUCACUUGCCUCUGCGGAAGAAAAUCCCAGGAACCAUAUAUUUUAAAGGCAGUGAUUCUUUUUUAUAUACUUUUACUCUCAGUGAUCCAAUCCCCUCUUAACAUAUAUUGUUGUACUUUCCACAUGUGAAGGGCAGGACACCCCACAAAAGAAAAUGGGUGCGGGAGGUAGAAAGGGAUGUUCACACACAUGCAUGCUCCCCUUUGCUCCCCACCCCACUCCUCAGUUGGGACAGGACCUUUGGCUUGGAUUAGUUAGGACUAUCAUGAUGAUUUAGUGUCUAAUAUGAG